AUGGCAGAGGAGGGAGGGAAGCAGGAUGGUCUGUUGGCGAUGAUUGCCGACGAGGACACCAUCACGGGCAUGCUCCUGGCGGGCGUCGGGCACGUGGACAUGCGGAAGCGGUCGAACUUCCUGUCCGUUGACUCGAAGACGCAGGUCAAGGACAUCGAGCACGCGUUCCGGGAGUUCACCACCCGCGAGGACGUCUCGAUUGUCCUCAUCAGCCAAUUCAUCGCCGACAUGAUCCGGCCAAUGGUCAGCACCUACGACAAGACGUUCCCCGCGGUGCUGGAGAUCCCGAGCAAGGAACAUCCGUACGACCCAAGCAAGGACUCGGUGCUGGACCGCGUCCGGUACAUGUUCGGCGACAGCUGA